GAGCGAAAGAGAGAGAAGGGGGGUUUAAAUGCGAGCACAUGGUGUGGGAUCGGGGCCGGCUGUCCUCGCUUGGAGCCCUAAUCGCCCUUCACGUGUUCCUCCCCCCCGCCUUCCUCUCGCCUAUUAAUACCUCAUCGUCUCCUGGGGGUGGUUCGCCAGAGAGAGCCCAUCGAAGUGCGCAGGCAGCGGAAGAGGGAAAAGGGCGUCAUGGAGGGAGGAAAGAAGCAGGACGCCGGUGCCCCCGCCAAUUCGUCGUCCUCCUCCACUUCUUCUUCCUCGCCCUCCGGCUUCUUCAGCAGUGUCUUCCCUCCUCCUUCCACGGUGAUGGCUAAGGAUUCAUCGCAGAGUGACUUGUACUGGACCUUGAGCAAGCAAAGGGCGGAUGGUUCGAUCGGGAACGCUCAGGGCGCGGCAACAGAUUUAAUCGACAUAUGUAAGCUCAGAUGGAUGUGGUUCCGAUUAACUAUGGUGUUCGAGAUGGCAAAUCACAGGGAAGUCCAACCAAAAGGCAAACAGCACGGGGCAAGGAUGGUAAACCAGUUGAUCCCGGUCAAUCUGAAGAAUCAGCCUAUUUCGGUUCAUCUGUGCACUAUGGGGGUCGUGAUUUCUAUGUCACUUCUCCAUCCAACCAAGUCUCUGGAGCUCCAAAAAUUUAUAAAGCUGAUGAAGGGGAUGGUUCGGGUGACACAAACAUUGCCAACAGAGGUGAAUGGUGGCAAGGUUCCCUGUACUAUUGAAGACUAAUUAUGUCAGUGUGCUUUCCAUUAUUAAGGAAGAAGGUUGUUGGGAGAGCUACUGCCAUUCCAGUGAUCGGGUCGCAUCUGGUUUCUUCCUACAGGAGUCCUCUUAAGCAUCAGAGGAAGUCUGGUUUUGAUUUGUUUCUUGGUGUCUAGGUUGGCAGAUUACAAAGAUACUAGUGUCUUUAUAGAAGUAUAUUCUAUAUGUGGUGUUUCUGGCCUUUCACCUCCAGCUUUUAUUGUAGUGAGGUUGUAAGUUUGCUCAGAAAUGUAUCCUUAAUACACAGGAAUAACAUAUAAGCAGGUCUUUUGUUAAAAAGUCAAUUCCUGAUAGUUCGUCCUAA